GUAUAGGUCAUUUAUAAAGGCGAAAGAAUGAUGUAUUGUUAUAUCCUGCUGCUACGCCAAUGGAAAUACCAAAAAAGUAUUCAUUGUUGGCCAUUAAAAGCAAACUGGCAGAUCGUUUUAGUUUAACGAGUAAACAAAAAUUCUAUAAACUUCUGAGACUGUUUCAACAGAUUAUAAAUAAAAAUUAAAUAGCGGGGUUUUUCCAAGUUGUUUAUAUAUGUUUGUAGUAAAAAUAACGUUUGUAUGUAAUAUUUUAUUUAGUUUUACACUCGGUGCUCUCACAUAUUGGCGAAUUCAAGUGGUACCUACAUUUCGGUUAUGUGAAUCUUUAUUCAAUAUAAUUUAAUGCAGUCAACCAUUCAGUAAAAGGCAACACGGGCUUUGUUUCAAAAUAAAAGUGGUCAGGGUCAACUUUGGCAGAUUUGAAACCGUUAUCAAGUUGAACUCAAAACAACCGUGCAGAACCUGAUUCACCAGAAAUUGCAAAAUCGAACUAGUGCGUUUAUUUCCUUAUUUGGAUUUUUUUUUCAGCGAAUAGUUACCAUGAAGUUUUCUUUAUUUGCUGCAAUAGUGUUAUAUUUGACCACGCCAGUCUUUCUACAAGGCAAAUUUAAUAUCGAACAUUCAAUCAAUAAAUUUUCGAUUAAUUUAUUAGCCGAUGUGAAUAAGGAAGGUGGUGGCAACGUUAAUAUAGCUUUAUCACCGCUUACAAUAUGGACCUUACUGACAAUAGCAUCAGAGGGUGCCCAAGAAACCACAGCAGACCAAAUAGACAGGGUUCUACAACAGCCACCAAAUAAAAGUGUAGUUAGGAAAGCCUAUAAUAAUCUAAUUAGCCAGUUUAAAGUAAAAUCAAAAGAAGCAGAGUUUGAAACUUCAAAUGGAAUAUUCUCAAGAAAAGAGUUUCCUGUUAGACAAAUAUAUUCAGAUAUUGUAAAAGAAUUUUAUAACACUAAUGUUGUACCUGUUGACUUUAAAAACGAUAAUCAGGGAGCAACCAAUAUUAUCAAUAAAUAUGUAGCAAAGACAACCAGAAAUAGAAUAACAAAUCUGAUUAAUACAGGUGAUGUCCAAAAUGCCUAUCUCUUCAUGACUAGUACUGCAUACUUCAAAGGAGUGUGGCAAAUACCUUUCAAUAGGUCAGCUACUCGAAGAAGUCCAUUUUUUGACGAAAAUAAAAACCAAGUUGGAGAAGUACAGUUAAUGUACCAAGUCUAUCCGUUUCCUUAUCUUAGACAUAAUAAUAUUAGAGCCGAUAUUGUUGAACUACCCUACGGAUUUGACGAUACAUUUUCUAUGUUACUACUAGUACCAAGGGGUGACCAAACUGUGAUCAAUAUGUUAAAUUCCUUAAAUGGAGAAUCAAUAACAGAUAUUUUGGAACGUCUUGAAUCGAAUUCCAAGAAGUUUCCCGAUGAUAAUAUUCACGUGCAUCUUCCGAAGUUUAAAGUUACUUCUGAUUUUAAUCUCGAUGUAGUUUUGCAAGCUAUGGGUAUCACAGAUAUUUUUGACCCAAGAAGAGCAAAUUUAUUAGGAAUGUUUAAACAAUAUUUAUACCUAUCCAGAUUCAUUCAAAAGGCUGAAAUUGAAGUUGAUGAAUUAGGAACAAUAGCAACUGCAGCAGCAGGUGCUAUAUUUGAGAACAGAACACCUCCUCCUAUUGUGAAAGCUAACCGACCAUUUGUAUUUUUCAUUGUUCACAAACUAAGUAGGAGCGUUAUUUUCGCUGGCAAAAUAAGUAAUCCUAAUGAUUUAGGAUAAUUAUGUUAUUUAUCUUUAAAACAUCCCAUUUCUCACCUAUUAUUAUUUUAAAAUCUCUGAUAUGUUUUUAAAUUAGUAAAUAAAGCUUUCACGGCGGUUAUA